AUGCACUCGAGAUCUCGUGCUCGUGAGCUCAACCUCGCCCGCCGUGACGGUCGCCACCGAGGCUUCGGUAAGCGCAAGGGUACCGCCGAUGCUCGUAUGCCCGAGCAGGUCCUCUGGAUGCGCCGCCUCCGUGUCCUCCGCCGCCUCCUCGUCAAGUACCGUGCCUCUGGCAAGAUCGACAAGCACCUCUACCACGAGCUGUACCACUCCAGCAAGGGUAACGCCUUCAAGCACAAGAGAGCUCUCGUUGAGCACAUCCACCGUGCCAAGGCUGAGAAGGCCCGUGAGCGUGCCCUGAAGGAGGAGAUGGACGCCAAGCGUGCCAAGACCAAGGCUGCCCGUGAGCGCAAGCAGGAGAGAGUUGCCGCCAAGCGGGAAGCUCUGAUGGGUGGUGCCGAGGAGGAGAAGUAA